UCUUCAGAUAAAAAGCAAACUCGUUUGUGUAGCUUAACAGUCAGCUUAAAGUUGAUUUGUGGAAGAAAAAAAGCUUUUACCCUUAGGAAACUAUAGCUGUUUUUCACAAUCAUUUUUCAUUAAUACAUAACAAAUUUUAUUACUUAUUUUCCAACAGCAAUGUCGCUACGAAUUGGAUGGGUCGCGCGACAAUUGUAGCCGGCACAGCGGGUCAGCAAUAUGUGGAGAAUAUUUUCGAGAAUCCUGAGAAUGAUUACGAAAUGAUAACUGUGAAUAAUUCCAUUUUCAAUGUUGAUUAUGUGAUCAAUAGCACCAUUGAACUCUGGCGCUCCAAGAUCGAAGCUAGACACAACUAUUGGAGCUAUAACAAUACGAUAUCGGUGCAGUCGCGCAUACGCGAUAAAUCAGACGAUCCUCUUUUGUUCGAGGUGCAAGCGGUGCCCUUCCAAAUGAACAAUCUCACCAUACUCGAUGGCAAAUGUCCGCCCGGUUGGGCGCUGCUGCAGGAUACCUGCUUCAUUUAUGUAGGCGCACCUUUGACAUUCCAUGAAGCGCGCGCCUUCUGCCGCAGCGAGAACUCGACGAUGCCUUUCAUACGCACCGACAGCACAACGUUGUGGAAGUAUUUGCAAGGACAAAUGCGGCACUUGAAAUACACCGAAAAAGUGUGGAUCCAAGACUUCAAUCACAUCGAUCGCUGUACGAGCUUUGCCUUUACCACAACGGAGGUGGAAGAUUGCGGCAAUGAGUUCGGUUUCAUUUGUGAAACGGAUCCAAGGGUCGUCAUCGAUCCACUCUCUUGGCGCGCCGAUAUUUUUGCGGUCAGCAUAAUUUCCGCCUUCAUUUUGGCCAUAAUUUUGCUACUAAUGGUCGCCUUCUGUUGGUAUGCCAAAUCGAAGCAGCGACACGCUCAACGUUUGCAGCGCCGUAAUAGCAUACGCCAGAGCUUGCGAAGCUUGAAUAGCAUUGAUCCGCAGGGCUCGUUGCGGCGACGAAACUUUAACAUGUCCACGUCGACUGGCACGCUCUCCAAGCAGCUGGGUCAAGACUACAAAAUGAUGGGUAACGGCUCCAUCGAUUCCAUGGACAAAAGCGUGCUUAGCUCCGAAGCGAGCUUUGAGGCAUACGACAAUCAAACUGCGCAUCCGAGCGGGUAUCAAAAACCGAGCUAUAACGAUUAUGUCACUCAGCACUCGGUAAAGGGAGGCGCAAAUGGUGCUGCCAUCAAAUCGAAUGAACCCUACAAAAUUGCAACCAUCGGCUCCGUUUCGAAGGCGUCCACCGCACGCGGUCGCACACCCUGGCUACCAGACUCAUUCGAGCUAUCCUACCGCAAUGAAGGUUUCCGUGACAACUCCACUUACGCUAGCACGCUUACAACUUCUGUGGCCACAAGCAUUGCCGAAGAUACGCCCAUCAUACAUCAGACGGACACCGAGGAUGCGAAUUCAGAUUACUACGGCAACGCGAGCACUUUGCCGCUACACAGCGGCGGCAAUGAGAGCCUCUCUUUCCUGCGUGAGUUGAAGCAGAAUUUACCACCACCCGCCUACAAUAAGCCACAUCGGCAAAGUCACAGCAGUUUUCUGUCCUGCGCCAAUGGUGGGACAACGCGUCCCACAAGCAGCUCACAAUUGAGCAAUGACUCGCAUUCCAGUACGCUGUCGUACGAGCAGAAGAUCGAUAAUUUACAUUUUACGCCUGUCACGCAGCGCGCUGAAGGGAUGCCACUAUUCCGGCAUGAAUUGGCUGCUGGUGGACUGCCGACGCCGCCACCCGAUAUGAGACGGCCAGAUUCCUAUUAUACAGCGGUGCGUAGUAGAAAGGCGCAACCGCAGUUGACGCAUAUGGCGCCACCACCGUCCAACGCGAAGCUGGGUGUGGCGUCUAAGCCGCAAGCUAUGGGCGCAACGAAGCCAAUGACGGCCGCCAAGAAUCACGGUUACAGCCAAAAUGGCAGCCAGAAUGGUAGACGUCCAAAGACUGUUUAUAAAACUGCCAGUCCCGAACCGACGGCAUACCAUCUCUCCAGAUCGGAAGCUUUGCUGGAGACGGAUUUCGACGAUGAAUUGCCGAGUAUGGUGCCGCUAAGCACGAACAGUCGCAGCUAUAGCCAGCCGUUGGAGACGGCAAUGUAGAUAGAUAGGGGUGAGUGGUACGAAUCGUACUACUGAAUCGAAGAAAAUACGAAGUAAGAACGACAGAACAGUAUACACAUGCAUCAUCACAAACAUUAUCGAUAUAUCGACAACACUCAUACACCUCUUUUUUAUCAUUACAAUUAAUUAAUUUGUAUUUAUACUUUAAACGCUUCAGCUAAUUAAAUAAUAAUUUUUAUAUAGCAUAAAUAUUAGGUUAAGUGAUUUCGAUCUACGAUCAACGAUUAUAUAUGCCUUAAUGCUACUAUAGCUAGCCGAAUGUUUAGCAAGCAAAUAAAGUAAGAUAUAC